AUGAUGGCUAAUGAUGAAAAUUCUAUCAAAGUAACUAGAUCCAACACAGCACCUUGGAAUCAUGGUCCUAUUCAACGCGCAACGGCUGAACAGUUAUUAUCUGAUAAAAAAUUUGGUACAUUUCUUGUUAGACAAAGUGAACAUUAUCCAGGAGAUUAUACUCUGUCUAUAAAAGAUGAUUCAAAAAUUCAACAUUAUAGAGUAAAAAUAUUGUCAAAUGGCUCAUAUACAGUUGACGAUGAAAUUUUUUUUGAUGAUUUAAAAUUAUUAGUUGAACAUUAUGAAUUAGAUGCUGACGGUCUAUGUUGUCGACUUGAACAAGCACUAUGCAAUAAUAGCACAAACAUGAACGGUGUGUGUGAUUCAAUAGAUUCGGUACCACUUACAUCAAGUCUACUACCACCGACUCAGUCGACGAUAGAAUAUAAAGAUUUAACAAUUGGAAAAAUUAUUGGAAGUGGAGAAUUUGCAGAAGUAUACGAAGGAACAUAUAGAAAAUCUCGUGUUGCUAUCAAAGUAUUAAAAGAGCCAAAUUCAGCUGCAUUGUUUCUACAUGAAGCCGAUAUUAUGUCCUCAUUAAAGCAUCCAAAUCUUGUUCAAUUAUUGGGUGUUGCACAAAGUCCAGAUAAUGUCAUCUAUUUAGUAACAGAAUUCAUGGCCAAAGGAAGUUUAUUGCACUAUUUAACAACACGCGGAAGAUCAGUUAUAUAUAAAACCGAUUUAUUAAGUUUUGCCAUCGAUACAUGUGAAGGUCUCAGCUAUUUAGAACAAAAUCAUAUUGUUCAUCGUGAUGUAGCUGCAAGCAAUGUGUUGAUAGCUGAUGAUAAUACAGCCAAAGUAAGUGAUUUUGGCUUGGCUAAGUCGGCGGGAGAUAAUGGAUGUGAAAGAAUUAAAUGUAGAACGAAAUGGACGGCACCAGAAGCAUUAGAAUCAAAAAAAUAUACGCAUAAAAGUGAUAUCUGGUCGUAUGGAAUAUUGUUGUGGGAAAUUUAUUCCUAUGGAAGAUGUCCUUAUCCUAGAAUUCCUGCUAAUGAAGUUUUAAUUAAUUUGAAACAAGGUCACAGAAUGGAACCGCCCGAUGGUUGUCCUCCAGAAAUUGGUGAUAUUAUGCGUCAAUCUUGGCUAAAUGAUCCUGAUAAACGUCCAACAUUUUCCAAUGUACUUGAUAAAUUAAAACAAAUUAGAGAACGUUUACCAUCGUCUUAA